CCCGGAGUGCUUUGCAUUGGCUCGCUCCACGUCACGGCUCCGGCGCAAAGUGCGUGCGGGACGUCUGCGCGUGUGGUCGCGCGGAGGGGAACCGGGGGGCAGGUCGGGCUGCGGUGACAGUUACCGCUCGCGCAGAACUUAGCACCGAAAGCGGUGGACUUGUCAGAAACGAUUCCGUCGUCAUCUUCCAUAUGGUUGUUGUUGUGUUAGCAUCGCGGCUAAUGCUCACUUCGAGUUCCACACACUCAUCCUGGAUGCCCUUUCCUGUGCAGAUGGUGUCUGGGUCAUAGCCCCGGACCGCGCUGUGAGGACUUGCUGGGCAAGGCACAGACAUGGCCUGCCCGGUGCAGCUUCUGUGCCGGGCCCUUCGCACCCUGGGCCUUGUCCUCUUUUAUUAUGUAUUUUCCAUUGGCAUCACCUUCUACAACAAGUGGCUGAUGAAGGACUUCCACUUUCCACUCUUCAUGACCUUGGUCCACUUGGCCAUGAUAUUUUGCCUGUCUUCAUUGACCCGCUGUGCUAUGCACUGCUGGACAGGCAAACCCCGAGUUCUAAUGGGCUGGAAAAUCUACCUCACCAAGGUGGCCCCAACAGCCCUGGCAACAACGCUGGACAUAGGUCUGUCCAACUGGAGCUUCCUGUUCAUUACCAUUAGCCUGUACACUAUGACAAAGUCUUCAGCUGUUCUCUUCAUUUUGUUCUUCUCGCUGAUCUUUAAACUGGAGGAACCAAACCCAUUCCUGAUUAUAGUGGUUCUGCUGAUCUCUGGUGGCCUGUUCAUGUUCACCUUUGAGUCCACCCAGUUCAACCUGGAGGGCUUUAUCAUGGUACUGCUGGCAUCCUUCAUUGGGGGCAUCCGGUGGACUCUCACACAGGUCCUUAUGCAGAAAGCAGAGCUGGGUCUCCAGAAUCCGGUGGACACCAUGUACCACCUGCAGCCACUCAUGUUCAUAGGUCUGUUGCCUCUGUUCCUCUACAACGAAGGUCUGAGUCUCAGCACCUCUGUGAAGUUGUUCCGUGUGAGAGAUAUCUUCCCCCUGCUGCACUCUUUGUUCACACUAUCAGUGGGUGGAGUGCUGGCCUUUGGCCUAGGCUUCUCCGAGUUCUUGCUGGUCUCCCGCACGUCCAGUCUCACGCUCUCCAUCGCAGGCAUAUUUAAGGAAGUAUGCACAUUACUGCUGGCUGCCAGCUUAAUGGGAGACAAGAUGAGCCUCCUUAACUGGCUGGGUUUUGUCAUCUGCCUGUCUGGCAUCUCUCUCCAUGUGGCUCUGAAGGCAUACUACUCCAAAGGGAAGGGUACCACGCUCAGACAACUGCCUAGCAAGGACAACCCAGACCUGGAGCUGCCGUUGUUGCGGUCAGGCGAGCAGGGAGAUCACGACAACUCUGAUGAAGAUGCUGAAGAACAAGAAAUUCUAUACAGGUUUGAUCAUCAGAGGCAGAGUUUUGUCUGCAACACCCUGACAUCCUGGCUGCGUGUGGACAUCGCGGGCCCAAGGCAUUUUCCGCAGACAGGUAGUGAAAGAACUCCAGCUAGUCUGAUGCCUAUCUGUUGCCGUUUCCAUCACUUCCCUGUACUGCUGCUCCAUGGCCUGGGAGCGAUCUUUCUCUUGCUGGCCUUUGGGGUUCAUGGCCAAGGAAGGCUCAAACUGACUGUGCUCUCCGAGGAUCGGCUCCAGAUGAAGUGGAAGGAGGCAGAGGGACCAGUGCAGGGUUACAAGGUCCGGGUCAGACCUAUUUCAGAUGAGCCACAGCCAGAGCUGAUGCUGACGACAACUCGAGGCCGAGCUACAGUGGCUGGCCUGGACUCCCAGCAGGAGUAUAGCCUGCAGAUCCUCACAAUCAAUGGGACACAGGAGCGGCUCAUCGCCAAAAGACGCUUCACCAUUGACAGCUUGCGGGAGGACUGGCGGAACCGCAGUGGCAGUCGAGAGAAGCAGAAGAAAGCAGUGUCAGGGGCAGUGGGUUCAGGUGACAUUAAGGAAUCCUCCACAGAGGCCUUGCUAGCUGUACCCACAGUGAUGUACCAAGAGUCCACAACAGCAGGUGAUCCUCGUUGGUCCGAGGAGGAAGUGACACCUGCUCAGUGUUUUUGGAGUUUUCAUGUUCUUGCUGUGUCUGGUUCAAUUUUGUUUCAUUUCAUAGGAGUACAGCUCAAGGGAUACAAAGGGUUCAAGCUCUGUGUAUUUAUAAAGUUAAAUGAAGUGUACUGCAUUCCUUCCCACUCUUUAUUAGUACUUUUUGGUCUGUCAGAAAUUACAGCAUCUGCAGAUGAGAGUAACAGGGGAGAGGGUGGCCCCACAGGGAAGAAGAAGAAGAAUAAGAAGAAGAAGGACCGUUCAAAGGCCAACAAGGAGAAGGACAACCAAAAACCAGCAAAUGGGAGAAUGGAGCAUGAGAACCUGAGUAGAGAUAAGCCAGGGAAGGCUAUCCCCACAGAGGCAGUCACAGUAUCAACAGCACGGAAGGUCUUUGAGUGUGACAGCUCUGGGGCCGCUGACAUAGUGCUGGUGGUGGAUGGGUCAUGGAGCAUCGGCCGCACCAACUUUAAACGGGUUCGGGACUUUCUGGAAGGCUUGGUCACACCCUUCACCAUUGGCAGCUCUAGGGUCCAGAUUGCCCUGACUCAGUACAGUGGAGACCCCCGCACUGAGUGGCAGCUGAACAACUUCACAUCCCGCCAACAGCUUCUCGAGGCUGUCAGGAACUUCAGAUACAAAGGAGGAAACACUUUCACAGGACAAGCCCUGAUACAUGUUUUGGAGGAGAAUCUAAAGGAGCCAGCGGGAGCACGGCCCAACACUCCCAGUUUUCUGAUUCUUCUGACUGACGGAAAAUCCCAGGAUGACGCUAUUGCUGCUGCCAACAGGCUGAAGAAGGCUGGAGUGGAAAUCAUUGCUGUUGGAGUGAAGAAUGCUGACGAGGCAGAGCUUCGGCAGGUUGCCUCCGAACCCCUAGAGCUCAAUGUCUACAAUGUCAAUGACUUUCCUCUGCUGAGCAAGCUGGUACCCCGACUGGCACGCAUCCUUUGCGGGAAAAUUGAGGACCGCAGCAAGGCCAAGAGAAUGGAGCGGCCAACUGAGGACCCUGCCAUGUCCUACCCAAGCCCCACAGAUCUGGUGCUGUCAGAACUGGCUUCUAGGGAGGUCAGGCUGAGCUGGACUGCCCCUUCCAGAUCCCCAAAGCAGUAUCGAGUUGUGUUCCACAGCAUGGAGGGCCAAAACCCUCAGGAGGUGGUAGUGAAUGGGAAGGAGUCCAGUGUGCUACUGAAGGGACUCUCCUCUCAGACCCAAUAUCACCUAUCAAUCUUUCCUGUAUACGAGAACAAUGUUGGCCCUGCACUGAGAGGGACCUUUGCCACACUGCCCUUGGAGACACCCCAGGCCCUGGUGGUCACCCCAGCCUCACCCGGCAGCCUGCGUGUACGCUGGGGUGCUGCUGCUGGGGCGACAGAGUAUAUGGUCCUCUACUCUGCUCUCAGCCAUGGGGAACCUGAGGAUGCCAAGGAGGUAAAGUUUGGGGCAGACCAGACAGAUGUGGAGCUGGGGGGUCUCAUGCCAUUGACGGAUUACUCUGUGACACUUUAUGCUCUAUAUGAUGAGGACCCGAGUGACCCUGUCACUGCCGUUGCCACAACUUUCCCACUGCCAGCUCCUCUUAGCCUGCACUUCCCCUUGGUCACCCACAGCACAGUUCAAGUCAGCUGGACCCCAGGGUCUAUGGACACCCCUGGCUACCAGAUCAUGUACAGCACCAACCAUGGCAGCGAUGUCAAGCAGAUGGAGGUAUCAGGUGCGAAUUCAGUGCUGCUACAGAACCUCUCAUCCCUCUCCAGAUACCUGGUAUCUGUGCGCUCAAAGUACGAGCAAGGAUUGUCGGUGCCCAUCACCGCCAAUGUCACCACAUUGAAAGUGCCUGCUCCAUCCAACCUGAGAGUGACAAACUUCUCCGGAAGUGACAUCACCGUGCGCUGGGAUUCAGCAGCUGACGAUGUUCUUUCUUACCUGAUCAAAUGGAUUUCCCUUAGUGGAGGUGAACUCCGCCAGCUCACUGUGAUUGGAAACAGUGAGGAUGCCAUACUGGAGGGAGUGGAAGAUGAUAAGGAGUACCAGAUCUCCAUGUCUGCACUAUACACUGACGGGGCACAGAGCGAGGCAGUGGCAAUUCGGUACAGCACUUUGUCCGGUGGAGGACCCUCCAGCGUGACCAUCUCUGAGGAGACACCCAACAGCCUGCUGCUUUCCUGGGUUCCUCCAAAUGCCCACGUGCUCCAGUACCAUGUCUCUUACAGUGCCCUGACAGAAGACUCACAGGAGCAGACUGUGCUGGUGCCAGGCAAUGAAAAUCACGUACGUCUGCAAACCCUGUUCCCCGACACACGAUACAGUGUCCUAGUCACUGCAGAGUACAAGAACCGUGAAGGGGGCAGUGCCUCAGCACAGGGUAAAACUGCCAGCCUCCGUGUCAGCUCUGUCACUGUCCUCCGGUCUGAUCAUUCCAGUCUUUGUGUGUCGUGGAGACCCCUACUAGCUGUCACUGAGUAUCGUGUUGUCAUCCAGUCCUUAAAAGACAAGCAGAUGAAGGAGCAGACUGUUGAUGCCUCCAGCAACUCCCAUUGUUUUUUUGACCUGCUGCCGGAAGCAGUGUAUCGUGUCAGUGUACACUCCCGCCUUGGCCCAGUGGAAGGUGCAGCAGUCACAAUUUUACAUUCCACAGCUUCUGCACCAGCUAAACUGUCUCCUCAACCCAGGCUGCCUCCAACUCACAAUGAAGUGUGUCCAGAGGUAACUAUCAGAAACAGUGUCGUUAAAGGCUUUGACAUGAUGGAGGCCUUUGGCCUAACACAGAGAGCUCACUCAUCAGUGGAGGGCGUGUCUAUUGAGCCCUUCAUCUUCAGUACCCUCCCCAGCUACACUCUGUUCCAGGAUGUCCAGCUCACUCAGAGCACACGGUUCAUCCACCCUGCAGGACUGUCUGCGGAGCACAUCAUCAGCAUUGCAUUCCGCCUGCUGCAGGACACACCACAGGAGCCCUUCACCCUCUGGCAGCUCACAGACAUCGACUUCGAGCCCAAAAUGGGAGUGGCACUAGAUCCUGUAAAGAAACAGCUGCUGUAUUUCAGCCUGGAUUACCGAGGAGAAGUGCAAGAGCUGAUGUUUGAUCAGCCCCAGGUGCAGCGUCUGUUCUAUGGGAGCUUCCACAAGGUGCACCUGUCUGUCAGUCAGGUGAGCGUCUCUCUGUCUGUGGACUGCCAGCACGUGGGGGAGAGGCCAGCCCGGCCCCUAGGGAAUCUCCCCACUGACGGCUUUGAGAUGCUGGGCAAGCUGCUCAGGACCCGUGGGCCACGCAGCGGUUCUGCUACAUUUCAGCUGCAGUCGUUUGAGAUUGUAUGCAACACCACCUGGGUCUUAGAAGACACCUGCUGUGACAUCCCAGCACAGCGAGAUGAAGAAAGCUGCCCCACGCCUGUCUACACAUGCACAUGCACCUCUGAUGUUCCUGGCCCCCCUGGCUCAGCCGGUCCUCCAGGCAGACCAGGUACCCGGGGUGAGAAGGGGGAAAGGGGGGAGCAGGGCCAGAAGGGAGAAAUGGGACCACCUGGAAAGACAGGGCCAGAAGGUGGAUUUGGCCCGCUUGGUUCUCGUGGACCCAGGGGGAUGACAGUCCAAGGACGUAUGGGUCCACCAGGACAGCGAGGGGAAAAGGGAGACGUGGGGAAACCAGGGAGUCAGGGGCUACCAGGUCCUCCUGGACCCAAAGGCAAUGAGGGAAACCCAGGUCCCAAGGGAGCAAGAGGCAUGGAAGGCAACAUGGGCAGCCCUGGGCCCAAUGGCCCUAGGGGGUUUCAGGGAAUGCCUGGCUUUCCAGGACCUAUUGGAGAACGAGGACCACUGGGGCCAGUGGGUCCUACUGGUCUCCCUGGGAGCAAAGGUGAGAGGGGGGAGAAGGGGGAGCCGCAAUCCCUGGCUACCAUUUACCAACUGGUCACUCAGGCCUGUGAGCAGCUAGUGCACGAGGAAAUUCUAAAACUGGAUUCUUUCAUAAAUGACAUGAGCCGUAAGGCAGUGCCAUUUGAGGAGCCAGUUGGGCCCCAAGGAGAACCUGGUAUACCUGGGGCCAAAGGGCCUCCGGGGAGUCGGGGGUCCCAAGGAAGAAUGGGUCCCAGAGGGGAGCCUGGGAAGCCUGGUUACCCUGGAGAACAGGGGCGAAAGGGACUUCCUGGGGAGAAGGGCAGCCCAGGGGCUAAUGUGCAGGGCCCACAGGGAAGCAAGGGACUACCAGGUCCCCGAGGGGAGUCGAAGCCUGUUGCCACUGGGCCCCGAGGGAAGGACGGCAUAGCUGGAGCCCCUGGACCAGCUGGGGCCGCGGGACAACCUGGAGAGAUGGGGCCCCCUGGGGUGUGUGACAACAGCAGUGGCUGCAACACACGUGGCGAUCUAGCAGAGGAGCCAUACUUUGGAUACCAGCCCUGAGCACAAAUGGACAACUCCAUCCUCCGAUUGUUCCAGGGUUUUCGGGCCUUUGCUCAGUUUAAACACAGCUCCCGUUUUUCUAUUUUUGGUCUGUAUUACUUUUGUUCAGUGUGAAGCCACACUUGUCCAGCAAGCACCAGCAAAGUUCAAAUCCAUAUUAAUGGUGGCUGCCAUAGAACUUCCUGUUGGAGUGCUGGAAGAUGGCCUUGUACAUACAGCCAUGGAAAAGGCUUUGUAUGAUCAGCUCCAGUCCCUGAUGGCUGCAGUUGUGUGCUGUGCAGUGGUGCAGCUAAGAACAAGAUGGGUGUCAUGUGUUUCAGGUGUAAUUCAGUCAGUAGUUGACAGAUGUCCAUAAAACCCCUGAGGGUCUGGAGUUACCCCCUCCUAAAUUAGUAUUGGAUCAAAUGGAAGUGUGCUGCAUCUGCUGAUGCUGCGUAGCAUGUUGUUAAACUCACCAUACGUUUUGAGUACUUCCACAGUGUUAGAAAUCAAGCUCAACAAUCAAAACCAUGUCAGAAGUGUUUAGAAGGACCUCAUUAUGUUAAAACAAACAUUCCGUGUUGAAAGCUACACGUUCACUUGUGUUAAGGCAUGCUAUAUUUAUUUUGCUUCUUUACGUUUUACUUUUUAUUUUAUUUUUCCAUUUGAAGGGGUGUUGUUCCCAGGAACAAAAUAUUUGUGAUUUAAUUGAAAUAUGACUUGAGUGGGACUACAUUCGCACUGAAAUAUCAAGUUAUUUGCUUCACUUUUUUCACAUUUAUGCACUGUAACAUUUUAUUUUGAGUGUUAUUGGUUUGGUGCCACUCUGUGUGCUGACAUUUGUUCCUGUACAUCUGUAUUAAUUAGGCCUAAGUGUUAUUAGAUCGAAGUCAUAAGAGGAGGGGGGACAAGCGGACAUUGUACCCCCAGUGUUCAAGUGAGCCUGAUAUGUUCCUCUAAUAUUUAUGUAUAACUUUACUGACUACUGUUGCUGAUAUUUUUGCUCCCUCAGUAUGUGACAAUUUGUUAAACCACUAUGAUAGAUUAUGGAUUCAUGGAAGCUGUGGGUGGAUUUAGCUGUGAGCAGUGACAUACUUCUCUGUUAGUGUUUCUGAAAGAUUUAUUGAAGGAGUGUUUGUAGUGAUAACAAAUUAUUGUGUGUUGGUUCAAUAUUUUGGCUAUUUAUGCCCACGAAAUUUAAGUACCUACACCACUGGAUAAUAUUCCUCAGGCUAAUUUCUAAUUUCUGCAAUUCUGAAUGAGUGGCACAAAAGAAAAAGGAAGAAACAGACCAACUGUUUCUUCAAACAUACAUGUAAAAUUGUAAGACUAUCUUGAAGGAGCUGUAACUUAGAAACAGACAAUACCUGUGCUGUUUAUGCCAACAUUCUGCAAAAGCACUGUCCAGUAUGAUUCCUUUAGGGUGUUUUGGAACAAAAACCAGUAUGCAAAGUGUCAGCAGAAACAGGAUAAUUGCUCUAUUACUGUGGAUCUGCCCAGUGCUACUACAUACCCUGUUUAAAUUUAACCGUUAAAACACUUUUUCAGCAGAAAAACAGAAUUUAAAGUUUAUUCUAAAUGUAUAUUACUACAUAUGUCAUUGAUCUGUCAGUAGUUUAUAUUUUUAAUAUAUACUUGAAUACAUCUUAACAUUUUUAAAGGGCAGAUUGUCUUUGGACAUUACAGAACAAAUAGAUAAUGUGUUUCAGUGUUAUGUCCAGCAAUCAGGCUUUAUGAACAGGUAGUGAACCCCAAUAUACCGGAUUCUCUCUGCUGUCUAACUCGUCUGAUGGCAAUCUUUCUGUCAUCUUUUAACAAUUAUACUCAUACAGGUGUUGCUUUGCACCACCCUCCACCUCAAAUCAGUGUUAUAUCCCUGUGUAUCCAAACUGCUAUUAGAUGUACAAUAAAUAAUUUUGGUUAAGAAAAGAUGCAGUGUAUAUGCAGCUGUGUAAUAUGUGUUUUUGUUUUCAUAAUGCUGGAAUAAUACUGUAAAAAAUUUAAUUCCAGCCUUUAUAUGAAUCAGUAUUUCCGCAGGUAAAUUUACAUUACAUUUAUUCAAGUAGCAGACACUUUUGUUGAAAGCCACAGCAACUCGGCAAAGUUAACUAACUCAAAUC